GAGCGGAAAUUACUGAUUUAAAAAAGUUCCCGUGAAGUUGUAUGUAGGAAGUUGUGAUUACUAGCCAGUGCUUGGUUGAGGGACGCACACUAUACGGACAGAGCUGUGUCGUCCGGUUGACAGAACAAUGUCGUUCGUGAUGUUAUUACUCAUAAUGCUGCUUUUGAUUCCGGUUCUACUUCUUACAAGUAGAGUGUUUACAUAUUAUUUUAAGAAUAUUUUUUACGUAGCACAUAUGAUGGUGAUGGCAUCGAUUGCACUGCCGAUUUGUAUCCUGAGAUGCAGGGGUAGGGACAUUGAAAACAUGAGGAUUGUCCGAGCUUUUUGCUGGCAUGUCAAGUACUUUCUGGGAGUGAGAUACAAAGUGAGUGGACUGGAGCACUUCCAGACUGAAGGGCCCUAUGUCAUCCUAUGCAAUCACCAGAGUACCCUGGACAUCCUUGGAAUGAUGGAGAUCCUACCUGACCGCUGCACUCCCAUAGCCAGGAAGGAAGUGGUCUACGUUGGCACUGUGGGCUUGACCAGCUGGAUUGGAGGGGUUGUCUUCAUCAACCGCAAGAAGACCAGCGAUGCCAAAAGUGUCAUGGCAGAUGUAGCACAGACGAUGCAGAAGGACCAGAUCCGUGUCUGGGUGUUUCCAGAGGGCACGAGGAACCAGAAGGGAGACCUCCUGCCCUUCAAGAAAGGAGCCUUCCACCUGGCAGUUCAGGUCCAGGUCCCCAUCAUUCCAGUCGUAUUUUCCUCCUACAAAAACUUUUACUCGCCGGAGGAAAAGCAGUUUAAAUCAGGGACAGUCACUAUAAAAAUCCUCCCGAAAGUUGAAACAAAGAACAUGACCUCGGACGACGUCUCUGCUCUCUCUGAGACAUGCUACCAGCUCAUGAAUUCUGCUUUUGCUGAGAUUUCUCAACCAGCUGGCCAGACGAACGGCCCGUCCAGUAACUGAGUAGUGCCCUCAACUGCUCCGAUACCCGGGGAAAGUCGGGCGAGGCGGUAAAGAUCUCUCCCAACGCAGAGCCUCACUUCCAUUCCCAAGCUUCAGUAAUGCAGUCCUAAAAUUGUUCAAGCAGUUUAUGAGGUUACAGUUAAGGACUAGAGCCUGGAGAUCUGGCAUUCAUUCUGUCAGUAAUCCAAUCCAAAACUUGAAUAACAUUUCCCUGUUAUGCGCUUGCACAUUUUUCAAUUUAAAAAAGCUGCCAAGUGAAUGUCAUAGAAAACAUUGCUGCCUGUCCCAGUAUUUUGUUACUUAAGAGGUAGAUUUGGAGCUGGAAUAACCAUAAGUGUAAUUAAUCGGAAGGGAGGGAAUUUAGGGGGUUGGGGAAAACCAAAGAUCUUGAUAAAUAUAGAUCCCCCAUUCAAUCCUGAACACUACAACUCAGAUAAAGACUUCAAAGUGCACAAAGCAGGUCAAACCUGUGCUAAUGUAAUUAUAUUGUACCGAUUUAAACCAGCCAUAAUGUUUUAUUGAAUUGUUUCAGUAUCAAAAAAAAGUCAGGGGGCACCAGUUGUUGUUGUUGCACUUCAUAUGCAUUUUCUAUGUUGUCUCGUUCCUGCAGGAAUGAUAAAGUUGAAAACAUAUCCUGCCAUGCAUGGUCUGUAUGAUUACUGUUAUUUCUGCUCAGAUCAUUAUUUGCCAUUGCUUCUGAAAAUGCUUCAAGGAAAUGGUGCUUCUCUCCCCCCUCCCCAUCAUUUCAACACAGUCUUUUCAGAAGAAUGCAAUAGUUAGUAAGCAUGGCAAAACUUGAUCCAAGCGGAAACAGCAAACAGUCAAGAAAUGAAAUAUUAGGAAAACAUCCUGAAGUAAAGACUUUCUGUUGGUUAGAGUUUACAGCACUUUAAACCUUUUGGAAGAGACAACAUAUUUUAGGCUCCAAGUAUAGACACUAUAGCAAAAAUCCUUUCUGUGGGAGACCAGUAUACAGUUAAUGCAGAAGCUUUGGCUGCAAUUCCAACGCUUGCACAUGUAGACCUUCCCUCUGUGCAUCUUAAACCUGAGGUAUAGAUGUAGGAUACAGUAUAUGUCUACUGUAGGUCCCUACCAUAGACCAGCUGUUUCAGUGAAAAGGUAUUGUAGCCAAUCAGUGGUAAAUGGAUUGUAACCCUUAAAAUACUACUCCCUGAAACUAAUACCCUACCCAUACUUAUCAUGCUUCAGAAGAAAGAUGCCUCAAAUUGUGGUAGCACCCUCUGCUGGGAAGUCCUGGAAUAGCAUGUUGAUUCAGCGGGAGGCAGAGUGGGUUUGGGCUUGGUAAAUAUUGCAAGGAAAAAAACUCAUUCUGGUUUCUUUGUUGUUUCUCACCAUGUGCACUGGAGGGUCACUCUUUGGGAAGCUUUACUGGUGCACUUCUAGUAAUGUUUUAUCUGGGUUUGAAAGGCUAUCAGAUUCAGACUGUGUGCAAUUUGUUAAUUGUCAUUGAAAUUCGCCAAAGCUCUUAAAGUGCAAUUGCUGUACUUCAAAAAAAAAAAAAAAAAAAAAAAAAUACCUGCGAGUCAGAGAUUUUUCUGUUAUAUACAAGUACAAAUUUGGUUAUGUUAAAGAUGAUUUUGCAGAACGUUGUUUGUAUUUAAUUUGAUGGCAGAAUCUGGCUGAACCUUUAAAAAUAAAUUUCAUUUUUCCAGUGGGAAAGUUGGA